AUGCCUCAACUUCUGGACAGCAUCUGCACCAUCAUUGGCACCUUCUACAAAUACGCCAAGUGGCACGAGGACUGCUCCACCCUGAACCGGAAGGAGAUGAAAAAGCUGAUCCAGAAGGAGUUUGCGAUCGUCCUGGAGAACCAGCUGGAUACAAAGACAGCAGAGCUGAUAUUCCAGAUGCUGGACAUCAAUGGGGAUGGCAUGCUAGACUUCAACGAGUACCUGCUGCUCCUCUUCAAUUCAGCCAAGGCCUGCUACAGACACCUACAGUCCAGAGAAUGUCUCCUUCGAGAAGAAGAUGGCAGAGGACCCUCACAGGAAGAAGGACACAGAGAUCCAAGGGAACGUUGCCAGCUAGACGAUGAUGAAAGGGAAGGAAACUAUUUCCGUGGGAGACCAGAUUCUGGCAGGACACGCCUUCGUCCGAUUGAAGGGAUCGCGCAAGGGGAGAGGCGUGAUUGCCUCCCACCAUCACGUGAGAGGAGCUCCCAAGCACAUGAUUCUGAGCGGAGAGACGAUCGUGGGAGAGACCAUUCCUUCCGUGAUGCUGAGGAUGAAUACGAAGGCCGACCACGAAGGUCUGGGACCUGGGCAGAUGCGGAGCCUCAUCCACAGACACGCAGGUGGGAGCCUGAGAGAGACCAGGCAGGCCGACACCAGCUGAGACGAAGGGAGGCAGCCAGGGAAGAGGAUCGGCAGCGUCAGUCACAAGAGCUUGUGCCAAGGAGCACUGGCGGAAGACGUCAUCCGGCCUAUGGAUCUCCACCAGGGGAGGGUGAGGAAAGAGAACGCUAUGCCCCAGAGGGCCCAGAAAGACAAGAAGAUAGGCGGCACAGCUGGGCACCGGGAACGGAGCACUGGUUGGAUGAGGAGAACCUGACCAGGAAGCGUCCAUCUGAACCCCGAGUGGAUGAAGAGAGUCGCCGCCGCCAUCCACGUGCACCAGAGGAAACCCGAUAUGACGGUGGACGAUGCCACCCAUCCAGUGGGUCUCAGGAACGGGAGGACAGAAGGAGGAGGGAUUCCUCGGAUGAGCAGGAAAUGCAAGAUAAGCUGAGUUCCCGUGAUCCUGAACGACGGCAGGAUCGCACACACAACCACAAACCAGUUGAUGGAGCUGAUGAGUGUUUCCCAUUGCCUAGAACAGUGGGAGGGGAUGGAGUCAGUCCUAUGAACCUGAGUCCAGAGAAGGACUUAGCAGAAGACCCAGGCGACUUGAUGAAGAUGACACGAGAAGGCAGCGUUUCCAUCAGGAGGAGGAGGUUGACAGGAGGAGACCCAGGUUCCCUGAGCCUGAACCCUGUGACUACAGGAGGCCUGAAAGACCAGAAUGGGAGGACAGUCAGGGGAGACAUCAAUAUGAUGGUGCUGAGCCCCAGGAAAGAGAGAGCUACAGGAGAAGGCCCCAGUUACGUGACCGUGACUCCAGGGAAGGGUGUUGAGCAGAGGCAAACCCAGACAUGUCACGUGGACCCAAAAAAUGAUGAACAGAGAAGAACCCCAGUGCAUGAGACUGUUACCAGAGAGGCUGAGCAGAGGACGGAGGAUGUGGCCCCAGAAGAUGGUGAACAUCAGAGGCAAACCCCGAUUUAUGGCAAUGGCCAAAGAGGCACUGAGAGAAGAGGAACCCAGACAGGGGAGCCUGACCCAAGAGCUUGUGACCAUCAGAGGAGAACUCUGGUAUCUGAUAGAAGAGAUGGUGGCCAAAGACAAAUACAAAAACCUGAGGACCCAAAAGAUGGUCAACAGCAGGAGGAAACUCUGAAGAGUGAUGCUCAUGCGAGAGGCAUUGACCAGGGGCGAACUCAGACAGAGGACAUUGACCCCAAAUGCGGUGAAGAACAGAGGCUCAUCCUGCCCCAUGACUCUGCUACUAUAAAUGCUGACCAGAGGCAAAACCAGUCACAGGAUGUUGGCUCAAGGGACAGCGCCCAACAGAGGCAAAUCCCAUCCCAUGGCACUGACCAAAAAGCUGCAGAGAAGCGACAAACACAGGCCUUUCGGGCUGAGCCAAGAACAAGUGGGGAGCAAAGGCAAACCCCACCACCACGUGGCCCUGAUCUCCGGGAAGGUGACCAGAGCCAAACACAGGUGCGCGAGGUUGACCCAAAGGGGGAUGACGCUCAGAGGCUCUGCAAACCACAUGACGCUGAACAAAAAGGUACCAAGCAAGUGCAGGGGAUCCCGUCUGAUGUAACAGAGGGUGAGCCGGGGAGAAGCCGGUGGACAGCCUGUGACUCCGGAACUAAAAGCAAUGUGUGGAUGGGCCCAGGUGAGCCAGGAUCUGAAGCUGCUCGAGCUUGUCCUGACCCGACACUGAGCUCCAUGCCACAAGAAGGAGAGAGGAGCAGGGUCUGCCCACAUGGAGCUGUGCCCAUGACCAGUCAGCCCAGCAGGUACCAGCUGCAUGCACCAGGGGCCACCAAGGGCGCACUGGGAGGGCAGAGGCCCCCGGAGCCUGCAGAAGCUCCACAAAGAGAGGGUGGACAGGAGAGCAGCCAGCUGCAGAAAACAAAGCUGGAGCAGGCAGCGAGAAGAAGCCACUGUCUGCGUGGCCCUGAACUGAGAAGGCCUGAAAGAGGCCGGCCGCAGCCACAGUCCACUGAGCCCCAGGAAGGGGAGCCAAGGAUGCAGAAGGCACAAGAGCCUGGCUCCUCUGGAAGUACCCCCACCGCCACCACCCAGCCUCACGAGGCACAGAGCACCCGGAGCCAGCGAGGCAGGCCACAGGUGCGUGAAGCCCGGCCAGAACCCAGAGCAGAGGGCAAGCCUGGAGCUUCUCAGCUCCCAGAGAGGGGAGGAAUUCAAGAUGCACCUGGUGGACCUGAGCAACUGCAGCCUGUAGUCCAGCGGACCUCCCAUGAUGGAGGUGGAGGCCAGCCAGCACCCACACCACCUCAGUCAGAAGGGGAUGAUGAAAGCAGCCAACAGGCCCGAGAUCCUCAGCCACCUCUGGAGGAGGAGAGCCAGCCUGGUGCAGCUGAAGGACAGAGCCACCCCAAGUCACUAGAAUCUGACGCCUCCCAAGGGAAGCCGGGGGACCUGUGUGAAGCCAAGACGCCUGUGGUGUGCAACCCACUCUAUGAAUAUCUGGUGGCCCAGAAGAAGCAAGAGCAGCUGUAG